GUCGCAUAGUUUGAGACGUUGGAGUUCUCACUUUCGCAUCGUAGCACAGUUCCUGUACCCGGUUAUGAUCGGCCCCUGAAAUCUGAUUUGUCACAGACCUGAGAAGGCCAGGAAUCCCCAUUCGCUAAGGCACCCACUAAGAUACACUUCUUCACUUUAACAAACCCAAGUCAGUCCCGUUCACCAGUCGACCAUUUCUUCCACCAACUCAUGGAAGAGGGAACCGAAAGUCAGAUUAUAGAUACCACUGAAAGCAGCAUUCGCGCUCCUCCCCCUUAUGUCGAAGCCAAAAACAGCCAGGGCCCAGCCCACAGCGACAUUCUCCCACCCGAAACGCUUCUUCUAGCAGGGACCACGAUCCACGGGGGAUCCAGCCCCUCCUCGCCGCCGCUCUACCGCCUAUCCCACGCCGUGGGCCACCUCCGCGCGUCGAACACGACAGUCGAGCUCUUCCGCUUCGACUACCGCGUCCGCGACACCGCCGCCAGCGCCACCGCCUCGGCGCGCGAGAAGCACAUCUUCAGCCUCCUCCGCCCGCCUCCCAUAACGGGCCCGUCGUUCGAGUACCAUCUCGAGUCGGUCUCGCGGUCGAACCUGGGCCAGGUAGGGCUCAGGCUGCACCGUCCCCGAUCGGGAUUCGGACGUGGCUUCUUCGGGUUGUCGUCGACACAUGCAUCCUCUUCGUCCGCGUCGUCGUCGUCAUCUCUGAACGGAUAUCGGGCCUGGCGGGCCACGAGGCCGCGGGAAGGGGCGAACUUGGAGGAGAAGGAGCUCGUGUUUGUCGUGCAUGCGCGAGAACGGGGCCGGUAUGAGUGGCGCGACGGAGGGGAGGGCCAGGGCCGGAUCCUGGCGUACGAGACGAGCGAGGAUGGGAUCUACAGGUUGCAGAUCGUCGAGACGUUGGAGAGGAAGUGGAGGGAUGCGCUGGUUGGCACGUGGUGUCUGAGGCUUUGGUGGGAAAUUGCCGUUUCUAACGUCAAGCCUCUGGCCUGGGAGGAUGUCAAACGGAUACUGCAGACAAGAACGCACGAAUUUCCGGCCGGAACAUCAGCCGGCCUUUGACGUGGUAUUACUGUACAACGUAGGUACAUCGGUGAGGGCCGCACUUCUGGUAUCGGAACGUUGUUGGCGGCUGGUAAAGACAAUGGCAGCCCCGACGCCACCUGCCCACUCUAUAAUCUGAGUUGCGUUAUGCUUUCGUCAAUUUUUCACCUC